AUGAUAAGAGAGGUGUGUUUGUUUUGGUUUUAGCGUAUUUUUGAUUGACUCAUUGGUUGUAAUAACACUUGUUCCAAUUAGUAUUUCUGUGAUAAAGCUGUAAAAAUUUACUUUCUUAUCAUUUAAGUGUCAAAAUUGUGUCGAACUUGAACGAAAUGGCAGCUACAGCGUCUCCUGAAAGUAUAAACGCCGAAAGAAGGAAGAGGGUUUUUGUUGGUGAGCUUCCACAAGAUUUCCUGCGGAUCACAGUAUCGCCUCAACAACAGCAAGAAGCUGCUGACCAACAAACUGCCCUGGCUAUUCAACAACAACUCAGUCAAUCUCUAGCAAAUGGUUUUGUGGGCCGUCUCAACAUCACUGUUGCACAUGCAAAAUUGACCAAAAAUUAUGGGAUGAUGCGAAUGGACCCAUAUGUACGUCUUCGUGUUGGUCACUGUGUUUAUGAAACCCACACAGAUCCCCAUGGUGGUAAAAACCCUCGCUGGAAUAAAGUUGUCCAAUGUUUCUUGCAACCUGGUGUGAAUAGUAUCUCACUAGAAAUUUAUGAUGAAUGCUCCUUCACAAUGGACGAACUGGUUGCUUGGGCUCACAUUCCCAUCCCAGAAAAAGUCUUUGAAGGAGUUACUGUGGAGAACUGGUUCCCUCUUAGUGGCAAACAAGGCGAUGAUGCUGAAGGUGCCAUUUACCUCGUCCUAAGUUACUCAAAUGCACCAACCGUGAAUCCUUAUUUCUAUGGAGCUGGAGCUGUUCCGCCUGUAAUGAUGGUACCCUCAACGAAUCAGACAAUGUUUGGAAUGCGAUCAUACGCUCCCAUGCCUGUGUACUCACAGCCUUCGCAACAAAAUCAGGCUCAGCCACUAAAUGAAGAAACUCUUAAACAGAUUGAAGAGAUGUUCCCGAACAUGGACAAAGAAGUUAUCAAAUCAGUCUUCGAGUUCAAUCGAGGGAACAAGGAUACUACUGUCAAUGCAAUUCUGCAAAUGGCUGAGUGAAUCUCAAGGUUUUCAGUCAUCUCUUUCCAAGUGAUUUUUCUAAUCCCCUUUUCUUGUGAAAUUCAACUUUUGAUGUCUUUUUUCCUCAUGAGGCAUAAUGACCUAUUUUUAUUUUUCUAUAAGAAUGCCAUGGUUCUCUUGAGGACAUCUAAGUCUUAUUCCUACAGAUUUUAUAGAACCCCUUAUAUUUUACUUUCAAAUGAAAAAAAGGUACCGGGAAAAGAGAUGAAAUUUCCUAAAAAUUAUCUUUUCUCCCACUCGGUUUUAUCUUUUGAACUGAAUGGCAAAAAAUCUUACAUUUUAAGACAAGUUUCUUUGAUAGCUUUUGUCUUUGCCAUCCUAUUGAUACACCAGGUUUGGGUGACUGAAGUCCACAAUAUGCAAAGCUGGGCAACUGAAAAGAUUUUGCUCUUUUGGGGGUAAUACAACUGGAAAAAUGAUCCAGCAUAGAAGAACAUGAUCUUUUUAAACUUAUCAUAGUAGCCUGUAAAUCUGCAAGUUGUGAAAUUUUCAAACUGAGUUCUGAGAUGUAGCAUGAAUAACUUAAGGUCCAUUGCCGUGCCGUUUUCCUUAAUAACCUCAAGACCGCAUUCUUAUAAAUCAGAUUAAAAUCAUGCUUCAAGAGUGGAUGUCUUGAGCACCAGAUAUUUUUCCUAAGAAAAGGUGAAUAAAAGGUAUCAGGUAUUUGUAUCAGGACAGAGGCACUUAUUUUUUGUUAGAACCAUUCACAUUUGGUUCAGUGGUAGUAUUGUAAAUCUUGGUAGAAAAUGUUUGCUGGGUAUCUCAACUGUCAAAAAAAUUCAGAGGAUAGAAAACAAGUCCAUUCUUGCUGCAACUUGGAGCUUUAGAAAUUUUAGAUCCAGGUUUGCAGGUAUAGAUCUCAGUGAAAAAAAUUUAGCGUGCAAAAGCCUAGUAGAGUUAAAUUCAAGGGUUGUAGUAGUGCUGUCAAACGUAAUUCAAAAACCUCUACUUAAAAGUUUUUCGUAUCUCAACCAAUAUGAUUCUGUGAAAAUGUAGCUUUUCUUUUCAUCCUACUUUCAUAGCUUACGUUUUGUAGGUAUUGUAGAACAUUCUCUUUUUAAUUGCAUAAAAUCUGAUUGAAAAUUAACAUUUUUCAACAUAUUUUCAACAAAGUUUGCCAUUUUAACUCUUUUAUUAUUUGUGUUUGAGAUUUUGUAAAAUCAUAUUAUGUAAUUUUUUUUAACUUCUAGGCAUCAAUUUCAUUAAAAUCAUUUGAAGUUUAAUCUUGUAUCCAGCUCCAGCACUAAAAUUCAUACAAAAGUUUGUAGUUUCUUUAAGUGUAGACGCUAGUCAUUAGUCAACAUCAUCACAUUUAAAUCAAUUGCUAAGUGGUGACUUCUUUUUAAAGGCAGAAAUUUAAACAGAGAGUCCAAAAAAAGCUGUAAAUUUAAUUUUUUAGAUUUAUUGAAAAUUUCCUAGGACAACGAGAAGCUUUUUUCCCAAUCUUUUGCAAAUCCCCCUGUCCUAAUUUUUUGUCAAAUUUCGGACUGCAAAUUUCAUUUUAGCAUCUUCAGUUUUCACGCUCAUUUUUUUGUAGUGCAGCUCUAUAUUAACCAUUUAAAUGUAUUUAUUUCAACAGGCAAAAGAAGGUGCGGAUUUGAUCAAUUGAUUAGUAAUGAUUUUUAACUGUCACACCAAGCCUCAAAUAUCAAAGAAAUUAUUUUACUUUUUGAAACUUGAGGUGGACAGUGAAUAAGUGAGGUCUAAUUUUAAAGAAAAGAAAAAACGAAAAAUAAAAAAGAAACCUCCCUAAAAUGAUUUAAUGUAUGAAGUUUUUCCAUUCACCCCUUAAUUUUCAAAAUCAUUCCUGUUUCAAAUUUCAUAGAAGAUAUCAAUUGUUGUUCUUCUCGCUCUUACAUUUCUAAUAUUAUUUACCUUUAUACUAUGCACUUUUGCCUCUAAUAACAUGAAAAUACGCCUUUUGGAUGUGACUUAUCAAUUGAAGAGGGAAAGUUUGUAGAUGUUUUAUCUGUAUGUAUGGUGAUAAACUUUUUUUGCGCUAAGAUUAUUUAAUCCAUCAUAAGAGUUCUAAAGCUCUUUCCAUCGCCAGUUAAAAGCAAGUCCUAGAUGAAGUAUGACUUUCAAACACCAUCACAAUGUAUCAGGAGCUGUAUGACCACCAGCAGUAUGAAGCAGUUCUGAAAUAGGGGGAUUAUUUCAUUUAGUUGAUACAUACUGAUCAGAGCUUUUUUCAGUACUUCACUGCAUUUUCCUCAGUUCUUUGUCAUUAACUUGAACUUUCGCAAACUUUUUCCUUGCUUUUAUCCUGUAGUUUAUUUGCCCGAAUGCCUGCAUUUUUGCUUUGCACUCACGUUUUCUUCUCUCCUAUUCUAUUUCUCAAUAUUGUACCCUGGACUGUAAUCAACGUUAUGCUUGUGCCAAAUCAUCAACCCUGCAAUUUUUUAUCAUAGGGGUUUCUCCUUCAUCGACAGAAUCAAGUGUAAGGGUCAAAAACAGGCUGUUAAUGUCAGCGUUUUAGCUUUCAUUUUAAGAGUAGUUUAUUUUUCUUAAAAAGGAAGCAUUUUUUAUCUUAACGAAUGUAAAAUGUAUCUUUAACUUUUAAAUGGCAUUACUUUAAAAAAAACAAGUUAUACAAAUGAAACAAUUCCAAUUAACAAAUGAAUAAAUAAAUAAUAAUACAAUUAAACGAGGAAUAAGUUGUAAGGGGUAAGUUUAUCUCAGCAUUUUUUUAUUCUUAUUUUUUUUAUCAAAGCUCUGAACUUGGAAUUUUCGAAAGUAAGCAUAAACUGAUGCAUAGCUCAGACUCCAGUAUAUCAGAGCUUAGGUUUUCAUUAAAAUAAAAAAAAUGUCUAGUAUUAUUUUGAUGUAUAAUCAGUAUUUUAUGGGCCCUUAAACUUUGAUGAGGUGUCUAUGUGCUCUAUCGUAAUAUUUAUUUGGAUUAAUAUUUCUAUGUCCAUGAAGCAACAGGGUAUAGUUUUAAAAAGUGGAAUGAUGAAGUUUUUAAAAGCUGAAUGGAACCGUUAUUUCAACAGUUUCUUAUGAAGGGCUUGUCACUGAAUAUUCCAAGUUUUUAGCUCCAGUUGCAUAGCAGGUUCAAACCUCUACUUCAGUAUAAACAUAGUAUUUCUAACUUGUGAUGUCAUAUUCUAUGGAGAAAAUUAUUUUGUUAUGUUUUUAUUAUGUGUAAAUAAAUACUUGUCCUGUUUUAUCUUAAACAAAAAAAA